GGCGGUCAUAUUUGCCAUGUGGCUGUUUGCGUUGCCACCUAGUUGCAAAUUGUUCCUCACGAAUUUAUUAUCGUGCGGAAAAUAAACUUAGCGUUUUCCUAAUUUAAUCAAUUACAAGUAUGGAGGAUGACGCGUGGCAGGACCUCGUGGGCAUCAGCGCCGACCCGCCCAACAGACGCGACAAGUGCGAGAAGUGCAAACGACCUGUGGUAGUUUGCUGGUGCCCGGCUUUACCGCAUCCACCUGAGGCGGUGGACUCACAGAUUGUGAUAUUGCAACACCCUGCAGAGGAGAAGAGAUCGCUGCGCACAGCACUGAUGCUGCAGUUGGGUCUGGAACCAGGAAAAUGCGUCGUCUACAAAGGCAAGCGUUUUCCAAACCAUAGAAACCACGCUGAUCUGCAGAGGAUUCUUGACUCCCCACAAACACUACUUCUGUAUCCCAGCCGGGACUCAGUCCCACUGGACGAGGUGGACCACAGUGCGGGUCCUUACACACUGGUGCUCAUCGAUGGUACCUGGCCUCAGGCUAAAGCCAUUUAUGCUAGCAGUCCAGCUCUACACCGCCUGCGACAGGUGAAACUCAUCGCCGUGGGCAUAAGUGACUACAUCAUCCGAACCCAGCCUACGGAAGGAUGCCUCAGCACAUUAGAGACCGCAGCGCAAUGCCUGGCCGUGCUCGAGUCUCGACCAGAACUGAGGCAAACGCUUGUGCGUCCCCUGCACACGCUUUGCAAGUACCAACUAGACAACGGAGCCGUUGAACAUCAGUCCAAGGAGUUCCUAUUAAAGAACAACCAAUACCCCAAACUCAUUGGCAAGCGGCUCAGCCGUCUGCUUAGAAACACCGCCUGCGAUGGCAAUGAGGAAUCGUGAUAGCCGUGACAGAAAACACCGGAUAAGUUGCAUGUGUCUGUGCUUUAUAACCAACUUUGUGCUCCGGUCGUAGCCGUAUUUGAUUUAGUAACGCCAAUAUAAUAUUUUAUACUGAUAAGUCUGAGCUGUGGCCUUUGCUGAUAGUCAUACGGUGGGUUUGUUCCUGGCAUCCGUGAGAGCUCUGGUGAACACGCACUUGACGAUGGCAUAGCCCCGCAUGCAAGCAUUCGUCUCGUCCUCUGGGGAUUACACAUUAAAUAUUUCGUUUGCAAUUUAAGAAGGCCCACUGAACACUCACUGCCUUCAGCUUCGCAGGCUUCAACGGAAUCGCCAGUGGCUGGCCAAACAUAUUUGCGAACCAAAUCCGUAUUUAACUUAUAGUCCGUCAUCAAACCGGACUUUUCGAAGAAGCAGUUGAAAUAGCACUGCAAGAAAUCUUUGAGUAUCGGAGGGCAAAGGAUCCUGAAGGGACACCUACCAUGCUGGUUGCCCUAUCCUUGUCAUCUGGUAAGUCGCCGGUGUUAUUAAACUGCAAGACAUUGGCUGAAAAGGUGAUAAAUAAAGUCACAUAUAGCCUUCCUUA